AUGAUGAAGUCGAUAGCUCUUGCUCUGUGUUUGACACACCAUUCUCCAAUGGUUCUGUCCAUUGUUGAUUAUGGUGAUUCUCAGGAGAAGACAAUAGAUUCGUUGUGGAAGAAACCGCACGGCUCUGACCUAACUUGGUCUGGUUUUUCUCGGGUUGGAGUAACAGAAGCUUAUUUUGCAGUACCCGUAGACCACUUUCUAACGAAUCCUCCAUCUCUAAGACUUUCUCAGACAAUUUAUUGUCGUCGAGGAUCUUCUUACGUAGAAACAGAGAAAGUGGAAGAAGAAGACAGAGACGAUUUCUUGAAGCAAGUUUGGUUUCUCACAGACAAUUUGGUUUUCUUCUUCGUCGACAUUGAAGAAUACAUUGUGAUUGAACAGUUGGGAGACACUGUUUACUUGUGGGAUGCGUCUAGUUGUUAUACAUCUAAGCUUGUGACCAUUGAUGAUGAGAAUGGACCUGUCACAAGUAUUAACUGGACGCAAGAUGGUCUUGAUCUGGCAGUUGGUCUUGACAACAGUGAAGUCCAGGUUUGGGAUUGUGUUUCCAAUCGUCAUGUGAGAACAUUGAGAGGUGGUCACGAGUCAAGAGUAGGAUCAUUGGCAUGGAACAAUCACAUUCUAACAACUGGAGGAAUGGAUGGAAAGAUCGUCAACAAUGAUGUGAGGAUCAGAUCAUCCAUUAUUGGAACUUACGUGGGUCACACUGAAGAGGUUUGUGGUCUUAAGUGGUCAGAAUCUGGAAAAAAACUAGCAAGUGGUGGUAACGACAAUGUAGUACACAUAUGGGAUCGUUCUCUCGCUUCCUCAAACCCAACUAGGCAAUGGCUGCAUAGGUUUGAGGAACAUACUGCUGCAGUGAGAGCUCUUGCGUGGUGCCCUUUCCAAGCAAGUUUGCUUGCAACUGGUGGUGGUGUUGGAGAUGGGAAGAUUAACUUCUGGAAUACACACACUGGGGCUUGCUUGAAUUCAGUAGAAACUGGCUCUCAAGUAUGUUCAUUGUUAUGGAGCAAAAGUGAAAGAGAGUUGCUUAGCGCACAUGGGUUUACGCAGAACCAGCUUACACUUUGGAAGUACCCAUCUAUGGUGAAAAUGGCUGAACUCAAUGGUCAUACAUCAAGAGUUCUUUUUAUGGCACAGAGUCCGGAUGGUUGUACCGUGGCUUCAGCAGCAGGUGACGAGACUCUCAGGCUUUGGAAUGUUUUUGGAGAACCACCUAAGACCACCAAGAAAGCUGCUUCAAAAAAAUAUACGGAGCCAUUUGCUCAUGUGAAUCAUAUUAGGUGA